AUGUCCGUACUGCAUAAUAAUAUUACAAGUCUAGAUCUGACUUCAGUUGAUGAAACCUUCCAUGCAUUCUUGAUCCCAUCCCACACAUCCUUUUCCGGAAAACACAAAUUAACAGUCACUGACUCACACAGAGUCAGUUUACCCCUCCUGUGGGCGGGGGUAAAGCUUUCUCUCACAUGCCUUGAAUUCCCACAGCACUUGGUUUCAGCCAUGCAAGGGGAUCAGCCGUUCUUGUUUGCGGGCAUGCCUGUGUUUUGGAGACUCCUACUGUGGCUUUGUGUCUGCAUUGUGCUUCCAGCUGAGGGACAAGGAGCUCUGGUUGUUUCUCACAGAGAUGCUGUCAUUGAGGAAACCGAUCAAGCUGUGGGCACCCGGUCAAUACAGAAAAGAGGCGCCAACAAUAUGAUCGAGGUGCGCAGUUUUCGAGUUUCCUGUGCGGUGACGUCUCGUUUCGCUCACACCGUCAUGACCUCCGAGGCCCUGAACAAAGCCAACACCUCACGGGAAAUCUCCUUUGAGGUGGAACUCCCCAAGACGGCCUUCAUCACCAACUUUACUAUAGAAACGGAUGGUCACAUCUAUGUUGGAGUAGUGAAGGAGAAAGCGAAAGCCAAGAAAGAGUAUGAAAAGGCAGUUUCUUCAGGAAAAACCGCCGGCCUGGUCAAGGCAUCUGGAAGACAGAUGGAGACGUUUUCCGUGUCUGUCAACAUCGCAGCGCAAAGUCAUGUCAUUUUUGUUUUGACCUACGAGGAACUCCUUCACCGGAAACUGGGCCAGUAUGAGAUUCUGACCCGGGUCAAGCCUAAACAACUGGUGCAGGACUUUCAGAUAUCAGUUAGCAUCUUUGAACCUCAGGGCAUUGCUUUUGUGGAGGCCACAGGAACAUUCCUCAGCAAUCAGUUGCUCCCUCUGGUGGACAAAACUGUCACAGACACAAAGGCUCACGUUACAUUCUCACCAACACUUGAACAACAGAGGAAAUGCCCAGCAUGUGAAGGUACCAGAAUUGAGGGUGAUUUUGUUGUCAAGUAUGAUAUUAAACGAGUAGAAAACCUUGGCGAAAUUCAGGUCGUAAACGGCUACUUUGUGCAUUUCUUUGCACCGCCUGACUUACCCAGAGUGCCGAAGAAUGUGAUAUUUGUGGUCGACAGGAGCGGUUCAAUGAGCGGACAAAAGAUAAAACAGACCCGGGAAGCCUUGGCAGCCAUUCUAAAGGACCUCCACGAGGAUGACCGCUUUGCUGUGAUUCAGUUCGAUAGUGACAUUAUCACCUGGAAGGAUUCCGUCGUUAAAGCAACAAAAGGAAAUGUGACAGAUGCCAUUGCCUACGUGCAGAAACUGAGGGACAGGGGAGCUACUAAUAUCAAUGCUGCUCUACUGAAGGCCGUGGAAAUGCUGAUGAAGGACAGACAAUCCAAGAGGCUCCCAGAGAGAAGCGUUGAUAUGAUCAUUCUGUUGACUGAUGGGAUGCCCAACCACGGGGUGUCCAACCUGCAGGCAAUCCAGGAGAAUGUACGCUCGGCUAUCGAUGGAAAAAUGUCACUGUUCUGUCUUGGAUUUGGAAAUGAUGUGGACUACUCCUUUCUGGAUGUGAUGAGCAAAGAAAACAAAGGAUUGGCUCGCAGAAUCUUUGAGGCCUCGGAUGCGGCGCUUCAACUCCAAGGUUUCUAUGAGGAAGUGGCCAGCCCACUGCUCUUGGAGGUGAACCUGCGCUACCCUGACAAUACCAUUGAUUUCCUGACCAAAAAUCACCACAGCCAUUUGUUCAACGGCUCAGAGAUCGUGGUGGCCGGUCGCUUAGAUGACGGCCACCAUCUUGAUAACUUCCUUGUGGAGGUGUUUGCCCAAGGGCCUGAGGCAGAUUUCCAAGUGCAGGGAAAGGCCAAAGUGGCAGACUGGGACGUGAUCUAUCCAGAAGACAAGUACAUCUUUGGGGACUUUACAGAACGUCUGUGGGCUUACCUGACCAUCCAGCAGCUACUGGAUCAGAGUCGCAUUGGUAGUGAAGAGGAGAAGGACAGAAUCACAGCCAAGGCCCUGAACAUGUCUCUGCGGUACAACUUUGUUACCCCGCUCACCUCCAUGUUGGUCAUCAAGCCUGAAACUGAGGACGGACCAGACAGCCCCCUCGUUGCUGAUAAACUAACUGAAGACCAGCGACAGAAAGCAGAGAGACACCGACACCGUGGUUCCUCAGCCCAUGCUGCACCUCCACGUCGUCAAUCAAUUGUGGAUGGAGAUCCACAUUUCAUGAUAGAGCUUCCAGACAGACAUGACGCUCUGUGCUUCAACAUCAAUGGCAAACCAGGGACUAUUUUCAACCUGGUCAGAGACCCAAAAUCAGGCUUUGUUGUAAAUGGUGAAAUUAUUGAAAAGAAGAAAUUUGUCGAGGAUGAAAGGAUGAAUACCUACUUUGGUCGUCUUGGUAUCAGCCACGAGACUUUGGGGGUGAAGCUAGAGGUGAACACAGAGGACAUCUCAGUCUUCCAUGGGGGCAAACACGUCAAGCUACUGUGGUCGGAGGUGACCUCUCUGAAAGACACAAGUAUGGACCUCCAGUUGACAAAGAACUGCAGCCUGACAGUCACCCUGAGACACUCUGUUAAAUUUAUGGUCAUCAGACACACAAAAGUGUGGAAGAGACGUCAUGAUCAACAGCACUAUUUGGGUUUUUACACCCUGGACAGCCACCAUUUGUCCAACUCAGUACAUGGACUGCUAGGUCAGUUCUACCAUGGUGUUGACUUCGAAGUGACAGAUGUGUCGCAGCAGAAAACAGACACCACCAUGUAUGUGAAGGGACAGACGCUUAAUGUGACCAGACACUGGCAGAAGGACUUCAGCAAGGAUGUGAUAAACGGGGAAAAUAUUCCUUGCUGGUUUGUAGACAACGAUGGAGCUGGCUUCAUCGACGGAAGAGCCUCUGAUUACAUUGUUCCGGACCUUUUUUGAAAUCAUAUGCAUCUUUUUUUUAUGUUGAUAUAUGUGUGUAAGUUCACCACAGCCACAAAUGGUAUCAUAUUUGCUUAGGAGGUUGCAGUCAACACAUAAUAAUGACAUCAGGUUGUAAUAUCUGCAGGUAUAGUUUGUUUAUUUACAGUUUUAUAUACAGUAUAUCUAUAUUUUUAUAUUUCAUAACUCAACAUUUUUUUUGAACAAUUAUAUGUCGAAUCAUGCAAUUAAGAAUGUUUAUAGAAACAAAAUAAACACUAUUUGGUGGAGGUGUA